AAUGCAAAUGAUAAGUGAAAACGAUGGUACAGUUGCGUACCGUACUGUGUUAUUCGUCCAUGUGCAUGUACCACACUUCGAGGGCAACAAUUUUUCCUUCCCAAAAGCCAACUGUGUCGUUUUGGAAGAUGGUGUAAAGAGCGAAAGGAGGAGAAAAAAAGCUAAAGAAGGGAAAAUGGGGUUGUGGGAACAGUAAAGAGGAGGAGAGAGAAAAUACGCCAUCGGUCCUUUUCAUUCGUUCGCCGACGCGCCUUGCUAGAUUGUGCAUGUUUUUAGUGGCACCGCACGUUUCACCCGCACGUACCGUCCCGUGUUCCACGUGCUGUUUCGUACCGUUCCGUUUGCCUGUGGCACAGCGACGCUGCAUUCCUUUUUGUAAACCACUGUUUGCGUGAGACUGUGUGGGAGGUUGAACCAAAAAACAAAACUGGGAGAGGGAGAGAGAGAAAACGCACGCCCUUGACUGAACGAGAGAUUGCAGGAACGCAUAGAGAGGAGAGCGAGAAAGAGAGAGGGAGAAAUGCAAAACGGUCUCUGGCGCCUGGUUAAUAUUCUGGAAUGAGAUGAUUGAAAGAGAAAGAGUGCGUGCACUGCUCUUCUUAAGCUGAAGAAAUUGUGCCGUGGUGUGGCGGUGUGCGUGAGUAUGGUAAAUUUUUUUAGGUCUGGAGUAAUUUUCCACGGAAUGUAUUGAAGAAAUUGUUGCCAACAUGUAACCCGUGCAAGGUUUUGCGUUCGAAACGAUGAAAAAAAAAACAUCCGUACCGCAAAACCGUCACGGCGGUUCGAUAGCGGAAGACAAUUGUUGAACGCAAGUGUUGGGCAAAGACAGUAACAGCAGCAUUUGCUUGCGAAGGUUUUGCAUGUAUAUCUGUGUGUGUGUUGGUGUGCAUCAUCUCUUUGUCGUACUCCAGGGGCCCAUCAUGGCGAAUGGUAUAGCUGUAGCAGCAUCAGCAGCAGCAGCAACCUAGCAGAAAGGCAACCGCUCUCACCGUAGCAUAAAACCCACACGCACACACUAAAGCAACCGUAUACCGACUGUACAGUACACGUCGUUUGUCAUCGUCGUCGUGUGCGGAGAAGCUCAAUCUUGCCCAGCGUGAACGGCGAACGCGCAGACUUCCAGUGCCAGUGUCGAGCAUACGCGAUAGAGAGGCUGACCAGUGGUAAAGACAGACCGAGAAGCAUACACAGCAGAAGACAUAAGCAGUUCGCCAGCGGCCAUCGCUGUUGCGUACGCGGGCCGUGUUUUGUGCGUCCGUAAAGGAAAAUCAAAUUCUUUGCCGAACGGGCCAAAAUCGAAUAGUGAAGUUUAGCGAAAAAGAAACACCAAAUUCGAAGUGAACCAAAACCGAGACAAUAACGCUGUUCAAAAAAAAGGGAGUUGUUUCCGCGCGCGGAAUCGAGCACGGAAUCUCAUCCCCUCAACCUUUUUGGUAGUUUGGCGGCUACACCCCCCCCCCCCCCCCCCUUACAGUAGUGACCGUGUUUAAAAGUGUGUCUCCGAAGGAAAGGAUUGACCGACGUAUGCUGCUGGACCGGAAGCCGCACGGUAAACAGGCAGCUACACACCCGGCGAGUAUCGUUUUAGCACCCUGUUGUGGUAGCGGCUUGAAGCAGCAGGAGUAGCAAACACCACAGCAGGAGCAAGCCGUCGUACCAGCAGCAACAGCAAUGACAGUAUAGCACCGGAUUUUGGCUUUUCGGAAGAGAGCAAACUGCACCGACUGCAUCUGUUUCGGAAGCGAUCUUAGCAAUGGAGCGGUUCCAGCGCACCGGCAUCGUCCUCAUCAUCCUCAUCAGCGUACUGUGCGCCCAACCGCAAGCCAAUCACAAUUUCCCAUCGAAGGGAAGCAAUGCCACAGACCUUAGCAGUCGACUAGUUAGUCAAAUAGUUUUUAAUUCUACACUCAACCACCUGGCGGUGGACAGAAGCACCGGAAGUGUUUACGUGGGAGCGGUAAACAAACUCUACCAGAUAACGAACGAUUUAAACAUCCUGACGGUCGUGACGACCGGACCGCAGAAUGAUUCGUACCAGUGUACGAUACUUGAAUGUCCAGGCGGUGCGGUCAAAACACCGAUGGACAACGUUAACAAGAUGCUGCUGAUAGACAGCAAUGCGAAGAACCUGAUCGUGUGCGGUUCCCUGUUUCAGGGCAUCUGUCACAUCCGCAACCUGCACAAUAUCAGCAUCGUCGAGCAGGAGGUGCUGGAAGCGGUGGUGGCAAACACCGCCAACGCCAGUACGGUCGCAUUCAUUGCGCCCGGACCGCCGCUGACGUCCGCGGAGAACAACGUCCUGUAUGUGGCGGUCACGUUCACCGGCAAUUCACCGUACCGGAGCGAAAUACCUGCGGUAUCAUCGCGCAGCCUUGCGCGGGAUCGUUUAUUUCAGCUCGCGGCCAGCGCCGUCACCACCGGUACACGGCUGUUCGUGAACAAUUACGCGCGCGAAACGUACAUCAUAAACUACGUGUACGGGUUCAGCUCGGAGCGAUUCUCCUACUUCCUAACGACGCAGUACAAGAGCAGCUCGCAUUACGCAUCGAAGGAGCGCAUUACGAAGCUGGUACGCAUCUGUCAGGACGAUUCGCACUACCAUUCGUACACGGAGAUACCGGUCGACUGUACCAGCAAGGAUGGCACCAAGUUUAAGACGGUCAGUGCCGCGUACGUCGGCAAACCGGGCCACGAGUUGGCGCAAAGUCUCGAAAUCACCACGAACGAUGAUGUGCUGUUUGCGGUGUUCGAUGCACCGAGCGCAAACAAAUCGGCCCUGUGCGUGUACUCGCUGAAGGCGAUAAGGAAAAAGUUCAUGCACAACAUCAAGAUGUGCUACAACGGUGAGGGUCUCCGUGGUUUGGAUUACAUCUCGCAGAAUAUGCCCUGCAUCGCGACAAAGCUGCAAACGAUUGGGGAAGAUUUUUGUGGAUUGGACGUAAAUUCACCGCUCGGUGGUGAGCAGGCUGUUGCAUCGUUAGCCGUCAUACUGUCGGAGGAACGUAUGACCUCGGUUGCGGUAACGGCUACGUCCAACUUUACGGUGGUGUUUAUCGGCACUGAAACGGGCCAGCUGAAAAAGAUCGUGAUGGAAUCGUCCACAUCCGCGAUGCAGUACGCGAUGAUGAACGUGGACCUUGGGUCACCGAUCCAGCCGGACAUGUAUCUCGAUCCGGAGCAUGAUGAUCUGUACAUGAUGUCGAUGUACAAGCUGUUCAAGAUUCGCAUAUACGACUGCUCCGUGUACACGACCUGCCAUUCGUGCCUGUCGGCGAAGGAUCCGUUCUGUGGCUGGUGUUCGCUCGAGAACAAAUGUAGCCGACGGUACGAGUGUCAGGACAGUUCGAAGGAUCCCCUUUCGUGGUUAAGCUACAAAUCGGGCAAAUGUACCACCAUCACGAGUGUGACGCCCCAUCAGCUGCAGCGCACAACCGCACGCACGCUAGAGCUUAUCAUAGAGAAUUUGCCAAACCUGAAGGAACCGCUCGUGUGUGCGUUCACGUUUGCCAGCAUGGAAAAGCCGAUCAUUACGAACGCGACGAAGAAGCGUAACGGCGUCAACUGUACCACCCCCCGGACGGACCUGUUGCCACAGAUUGGAUAUGGCGAAAACCAUUUUAACGCGACACUAUCAAUCAAAACGUCCCAGGGACCGGACAUCGUCUCGACGACGUUCACCUUUUUCGACUGUAGCACCCAUCUUUCCUGCACGCAGUGCGUAUCGUCCAAGUUCCCGUGCGAUUGGUGCGUCGAAGCGCACCGUUGCACACACGAUACGGCGGAAAACUGUCGCAACGAUAUCCUGGUGACGGGCAUUAGCCGUAUCGGGCCGAGCUAUCGGUCCGGGCCAGGCUUCUGUCCCACGAUCAACGUUACCGGCGACGGUUCGGAGAUACUGGUACCGGCUGGUUCGAAAAAAUCCGUCAAGGUGAAGGUACAUAUCAUCGGUCAAUUCAUCGUGCAGACGCGCUUCGUGUGUCAAUUCAAUGUUGAGGGUAGGGUGACGAGCGUCAAUGCACAACUGCUAGGCGACACCAUCUACUGUGACGAGAUGGAGUUUACCUACACGGCAAAAACGUCCAAGCUGAACGCAACGUUUGCGGUCAUCUGGGGCGGUUCGAAACCGUUGGACAAUCCGAACAAUAUCCACGUGGUCAUCUAUCGCUGCCGAGAUAUGUCCGACAGCUGUGGUGUCUGUCUGGCGCUGGAGGAAAAGUACAAGUGUGGCUGGUGCUCGUCAUCCAACACGUGCGAGGUGGAGGAUCAGUGUGGUAUCUCCGGCAAGGUCGAGGGACAGAACAAAACCGACUGGCUGAACAAUCAGCAAACCUGCCCGAAUCCGGAAAUUCACUCGUUCGAUCCAAAAACGGGCCCGUGGGAAGGUGGCACCAACAUUACGAUCCGUGGCAUCAAUCUGGGCAAGAAGUACGACGACGUGUACGGUGGUAUCAAGAUCGCCGGCAUUGACUGCAUGCCGUUCCGGGAGCUGUACGUGCAGACGAAGGAGAUCGUGUGCAGCGUGGACGGACCGGGCGUGAAGUCGCACCGGUCGGGCCGGGUUGUGGUACAGAUAUCGGACUUCCGCGGUGAGUCAGCGAACGACUUUGAGUUCGUCGAUCCGGAGAUUGAAAACUUCGAACCAAAGCAUGGACCGAUAUCGGGCGGUACGACGAUCAAAAUUAUGGGCCGAUAUUUGAACACCGGCAGCCGGGUCCGUGCAUUCCUCGAUCAGCAUCCGUGCGAGAUACUGAGUACGAACGAUCGGGAGGCUACGUGCCGGACCACCUCCGUACCGAGCCCGAUGCAGGGCAAGCUAAAGAUGGUGUUCGAUAAUGGUGUGCGCGAGCUGAAUGGCGACCUGUUUGAGUACGUUCCCGACCCAUGGAUUGAGCUGGUGUCUUCCGGGGAGAGCAAAACGGCUAAAGGAAUUCCGGCGGGUGGUAUCAAGAUGGCGGUACACGGUCGUAACUUUGGCUCGAUUCAGCGUCCCCAGAUCUACGUGUACUAUAAUGGGCAAAUAUCGCUGAACGAGUGUAACAUCAUUAAUCCGCAGCUGAUGGAAUGCUACUCGCCGAAGAUUGAUCUGCAGGAGGAGGACCCGUUCGGGGAGUCGGACGACCCGAUCAAUCUUGAGUACGGUUUCAUCAUGAACGAUGUGAUGACUGUGCGGAACUUAUCGUCCCAGUGGGGCAGCUACUUUGAGCUGUACCCGAACCCAACGUAUCAACCGUUCGACGAGGUGAAGUACUUUAACAGUGAGUACCUGAACAUUAACGGGCGCAACAUUGAUCGUGCGUGCAAGUACAGUGAUGUGGUGGUGAAGAUCGGUGAUCACGGUAUCUGCAACAUAACGUCGAUGUCGCGCCAGCAGGUUACCUGUCUGCCACCGAAAAAUCCGGAUGCGAAGAAGGUGCACGUCAAGGUAAUUGUCGGCAAUUCGCUUCAGUUUGAUAUCGGCUAUAUGGUGUACACAUCCGCUGGCAUACUGCCGAGCUUCAGCAGCAAUGCGGUGACGUUCAGUGUGGUGAUAGCGAUUGCACUGUUCUUCUUUGUGUUCGUCGCGCUGGUGAUUGCCUAUCGCAAGAAGACGAGCGAAAACAAUCGCGUGCUGAAGAACAUGCAGGAGCAGAUGGAUAUCCUUGAGCUGCGUGUCGCGGCGGAAUGUAAGGAAGCGUUCGCGGAGCUGCAGACGGAAAUGACCGAUCUUGGCGGUGACAUCACGUCCGGUGGCAUACCGUACCUGGACUAUCGUACGUACGCGAUGAAGAUUCUCUUCCCGAACCAUGACGACCAUGUGGUGCUGCAGUGGGAAAAACCGGAGCUGCUGCGAAAGGAGAAGGGCCUGCGGCUGUUUGGGCAGCUCGUCAUGAACAAGACAUUCCUGUUGCUUUUCAUCCGGACGCUGGAAAGCAAUCGCUACUUUUCGAUGCGCGAGCGCGUUAACGUUGCCUCGCUGAUAAUGGUGACGCUGCAGAGCAAGCUCGAGUACUGCACCGACAUCCUGAAGACGCUGCUGGCCGAGCUGAUCGAGAAGUGUAUCGAUGGUAAAUCGCACCCGAAGCUGCUGCUGCGCCGUACCGAGUCGGUCGCGGAGAAGAUGCUGUCCGCCUGGUUUACCUUUCUGCUGUACAAGUUCCUGAAGGAGUGUGCCGGUGAACCGCUGUACAUGCUGUUCCGUGCGGUUAAGGGACAGAUCGACAAGGGUCCGGUUGAUGCGAUCACGCACGAGGCACGCUACUCGCUGAGCGAGGAAAAGCUGAUCCGGCAGAUGAUUGAGUUUAAGGUGAUAACGGUGUACGCGAGCAUUACGCAACCGCCGAUACUGUGCAACAACAUCGAGAUGAUACCAACGAACACAGAAAACAUUCCGGUAAAGGUGCUGGACUGUGACAGCAUCGGGCAGGUAAAGGAGAAGUGUCUCGACACGAUCUAUAAGGCGAUCCCAUGGAGCCAGCGGCCCCGUAAGGAGGAUCUCGAUCUCGAAUGGCGUACCGGUGCAACCGGUCGGCUCAUCCUGUACGAUGAGGAUUCGACCUCGAAGACGGACGGUGAGUGGAAAAAGCUAAACACGCUGCACCAUUACCGUGUGAGCGAGGGUUCCUGUCUCAGCCUGGUGCCGAAGGAAAGCUCCAUCUACAACAUAACGCUGCUCGGCGAAAAGUACUCGGAGAAGAUCCACAAGUACGAAACACUAAACAUAUCGAAGUUUGUUUCGCCGUCGCCACCGUUCAGCCGCGCCGGCAGCCCAAUGAACGUCGACCUGCAGGAGAACAGUCUCAAGUACUGGCACCUGGUAAAACACCAUGACAGCGACGGUUCGAAGGAGGGCGAACGGGUGAACAAGAUGGUUUCGGAGAUUUAUCUAACACGACUGCUAGCCACUAAGGGUACACUCCAGAAGUUUGUCGACGAUUUGUUCGAAACCAUCUUCAGUACCGCGCACCGUGGCUCCGCACUGCCCUUAGCAAUAAAGUAUAUGUUUGACUUUCUAGAUGAUCAAGCACUCUUACAUGGUAUUACCGAUCCGGAGGUUGUGCACACUUGGAAGAGUAACAGUUUACCGUUACGAUUCUGGGUAAAUCUCAUUAAAAAUCCUAACUUCGUGUUUGAUAUACAUAAGUCCAACAUCGUGGACUCUUGCCUUUCGGUUGUGGCUCAAACCUUCAUGGACUCGUGUUCAACGUCGGACCACAGGCUAGGGAAAGAUUCACCUAGCUCGAAGCUGCUGUAUGCCAAGGACAUUCCCUCGUACCGUGAAUGGGUGGAGCGUUACUAUAACGACAUCCGGGAUAUGCCUGCAAUUUCCGACCAGGACAUGAACGCCAUGCUCGCGGAGGAGUCCAGGGUGAGUUUGCACACGACCGAAUUUAAUACAAACUGCGCCCUACACGAGCUUUAUCAGUACGCAGUAAAAUACAACGAGCAACUGACUGUCACACUGGAGGAGGAUGAGUUCUCGCAGAAGCAGCGCCUGGCGUUUAAGCUGGAGCAGGUGCACAGUAUCAUGUCCGCGGAGUAAUGUGUGGGUGUAUCUUUCGCACAGCGCCGGUGAUGGCCGACAUCGGCCCGCAUCGGACGGGCGGUUUGAACAUUUACCAACUGCAAGUGCGCGCGGAGCAAACAACAACAAAAUAAUAUAUGUAUAGAUGGUAAGCUACCUGUAUGGAUUUUUUUUUCUUUCGUGACGAAGGGCGCAUCGUACAGACCUACAGACAUUCAUAAAACAAACAAAACAAAAAAAAAAUAUAAUGUAUGCGAUAUUCAUGUUGUGAGCCCCAAAUGCCGAGCGGGGUUUAAAAAUGUGUGGUUAGGGAAAAAACAAAACAUUCACAUUCACAUCUAACACAAACACACACAAAUACACCCACAAACAAACAAAACCAUAGACAUCCAAAACAAGGAAAACAGAUACAAAUCAUUCGUGUAAUGGCGUGAAACACCGAACAAAUAGUUAAUAAUGGAAACAAGAACUCAUCGCAAAACAAAGCAUUUGUCUAAUACACACCACUUAGAGAGCAUGUCAAGAGAUUAAGCAAAGGGAGACUGAAAGAGAGCUAGCGAAAGAGGAGAUAGGCAGAUACUACAAGCGAAAACGAAAUACAGCAAACGAAGCGCUAAAACCUCGAAAACUAAUGUCAAAAUAAGCAAAAACCCACACGAGCAAGGCAAAAAAUAUCAUGUUUUUAAGAAACCGUCAUACAUCGCUUUUGAUUAAUUGUAAAACGAAACGCAAGUGUGUGCAUGUGGCAAAAAAAGAAGACACGAAAAACGAAGAGGUCAUCCGGUUAGGGAUGGCAAUUAAUGCCGAACCUGGCGAGUAAUCUCAAGAGCAGACGAAGAGCCGCGAAGGGAAUGAGGUUUGUUCGGGUAUAAUAGCGGGAAGCUGCAAGUGAAGUGCAUCAGUUAGCGUUAUCGGCACCCGGUGCGCGUACAGAAACACGUAACGAGACAAAGAGAUAAAAAUACACAAACAAACAAACAAACAAACAAAGGGUAUAUCUUAGGCAUUUUGUGCAGCCAAAACAAAGCAAAAUCACACUUCUAAUCAUGUGUCCAGCAAAACGAUUUAAACAAAAAAAAAACUGCAGUCCGACCCGCAAAAACGCUUCUUGCGGCUAUACAUAUAUACAUAUAUAUAUAUACACAAACACAUACAUACCCCGACCGCUCAUGCCCGGCUCUUCCCGGCUGCGUGCAUUCUCUUCGCCGACGACGGGUACCUUGUGACCGAACCGGGGCGAAUCGAGACAAAGAAGCAAAAGCAAAAACAAACAAAACAAAAAAAGCUAAAACUAAAAAAAAAGAAUCCAGUCCUGAAUGUCAUUUCCAAAACGGUGUACCGUAUAGCUCAAGAAAAGAAAACAAAAAGAAAAAAAAGUCUAAAUGUAAUAAAAAUGACAACUGUGUAA